GAUUGCAAAGUGCAAGGAAAACAUACAAUUUUAAAGAAGAUAAUAAACAAUAAAACAUCGAAUAUCCAGAGACUUGAUGUAGAAUAGACUAAGACUAAGUCAUACGAUACAUCUAUCAUUCUAGAUCUAGGAUUUAGAUCUAGAUCUAGAUUCUUCAUCUAAUCUAUUCUAGAUUUAGAAAAGAAAACAAAUGGCUGUUUCUUCAUCUGACUUAUUGAAGGCUCUUCUGUUACCUGCUGGAUAAUCCUCACAAAAAUUAAAAACUAAAAAACAAUGAUGGUUUUUCUCUGGUUUGUAGGAAAUACUGGAAGAAAAAAAACCUUUUUGUUUUUAUGAUUGCUGAAAGAAUAUAUGCUAAACAUGUGUUCACAUUGAAUCCUUUUCCAUGAGAAUACAAAAUGAGACUCUACAGUUUGUCAGCGUUUAAGCUGGUCUUCAUUCUUCUGCUUGGUAUGGUCUGCCUGUCUCUGAUGGCACACCAUUACCUAUCCAAUAUGGCUAACUUUGACACCCAGCCUCCAUCACAUAAAACACGCAGGAUAGAUAGCUACGCUGAUGACCCUGACCCAAACUCUCGGUCAUUAUCAGCAUACCAGCAUGAGAUAGAAGAACUCCGGCACAUCAAAGCGUCUGUUAACAAUGAGCUCAGGGAUCUGGAAAACCGCAGGCUCAAACUUCAAUCAGAUAUCAAUGCCUAUUCCAUGAACAUUGACAGCCUUAAAGGUCAGCAUGUCAGCUUGAACAAAGAGGUGAAUCAAAUCAAGCUGGCCCUGGAGCAGUUGAAAUUUGAGCAGCAAGAGUCGAAGUCAUUUAUUCCAAACAUAAAGGCUCCUCACAGGAUACUGUUGGAUGUUGACGUCAAUGAGCAGGUCUCCAUGCCCUCAUCAUCACAGCAGUGUUACAUGGAGAACUGUUUUGAUUUCUCCAGGUGUUCUCUGGUGUCUGGUUUCCCAGUUUAUUUUUACAACUUAAAAAACUCCUUAGCAGGACAGGACCUUAUUCCUUUCUUGCGGAAGUAUGUAAGGGAGAAUGUAUAUGCGACAGAUAGUGCUGCUGCAGCCUGCAUUUUCAUUCUCAUUGUUGGAGAUACCGCAGAUGACGCAUCACCUGACCCUAAGGAGAUUGAGAGUUUUCUUCACAGGCUGCCUUAUUGGAAUGGAGAUGGACGUAACCAUAUUUUAAUUAAUUUGGCACUCAAAAUGAAAUCUUCAGAUAUUUUCAGCAAUAUUAAUCUGGGGAGAGCUAUAGUGGCUCAGUCUGCAUUUUUAGGAUCCAAAUUUAGAAAUUCAUUUGAUGUUUUAAUACCUCCAAACCUUGGGCCAUACAACAAUCAAAAUAUCUGGCAGGAUCUACCACUUUUAUCUCCUGUCCGAAGAAAGUACAUGCUGUCUUAUUGGGGUCAGUUUAUUCCUCCUGGCUCUGAUAACUUAUCUGCUAAUAAUGCAGAUGCUACGGAGGUUAAAGGUUAUGUCAAUAAUAUGUUCAUUCAUCGCAAGCCAUUGUAUGUUGUGGACACCUCCACCUCUGUUUACUCUCAUAUUGAGCAGGCCAUAAUCUCUUCCUUAAAGAGCUUCCAGUCCAGUCUUGUUAGCAACUAUUUUGUGGAUGUUAGCUGUGGUGAGCAUGGAGUUGCUGUAGGGGGCCCAGGUGAUUGGGCUUUAUGUGGCACUGAGGCUGUCCGUAAGGAAAAGAUAAUUCAGUCCACCUUCACGUUAAUUAUUUCACCCUUGAACAAUGCACUUUAUUCUACUUUAGCAUUCCAGUCUCGUGUCUAUGAAGCACUUAAACAUGGCUCUGUGCCAGUCAUACUGGGCUCACUUGGGCAGUUACCCUUCUCUGAAGUCUUGCGCUGGGACCUUGCCGCUAUUGUGCUGCCUAUGCCUCGAGUGACAGAAAUACCUUUCUAUUUACAAUCAUUCCCUGAUGAACAAAUAGCUGCUCUGCGACUUCAGGGUCGUGUCUUUUUCCAAAACUACCUCAGCUCUUUGCAGUCGAUUUUUGACACACUGCUUGCUGAAGUUAGAACUAGGCUUCAGAUUCCUGCUCACCCCAUAAGGGAUGAGCCAUCAAUAAGCGUCUUCCCUGCAUCCUUCAUUCCCUUAAAAUAUCAGGGACCCGACAUGGAGCCAGAAAGUGACGAGCUGCUGGGCCCUGUGGAAAGCCCUUUUCCUUCUGAGACUUACAGAUACAACUUUUCCCAUACUAUGCAGAUAAAUGCUUUCAAUGUAAGAGGAGACCCCUUUCAUUUAUAUCCUCACACGCCUUUUGAACCCUGGCUGCCUUCCGAAGCUAAGUUUCUUGGUUCCAAUUAUGGGUUCCGGCCAGUAGGACGAGGUGCAGGUGGUGAUGGGAAGGAGUUUGGUGAAGCACUUGGUGGUAACUCUCCCAGGGAACAGUUUACUAUUGUGAUGCUGACAUAUGACAGGGAAGUUGUACUGAUUCAAGCCUUGCACAGAUUUAAAGGUCUUCCUUUCCUCAACAAGGUUAUUGUUGUUUGGAAUGGGGAAAAUCCACCAUCUUCUGAUCUCCGCUGGCCUGAGAUUGGGGUUCCUGUUGAAGUAGUGAAAACGGGUAAAAACAGUCUAAAUAAUAGAUUUCUUCCCUUUGAUGUGAUUGAAACAGAAGCCAUUCUCAGCAUUGAUGAUGAUGCCCACCUCAGACAUGACGAAAUAGUUUUUGGCUUUAGAGUUUGGAGAGAGGAAAGGACAAGAAUUGUUGGGUUCCCUGGCCGGUUCCAUGCCUGGGAUGUCAAACACCAGUCCUGGAACUACAACUCAAACUACUCAUGUGAGUUGUCAAUGGUGCUGACCGGAGCAGCCUUCUUCCACAAGUAUUACACAUACCUGUAUAGCUACGUCAUGCCUCAAGCUAUCCGAGACAAAGUGGAUGAAUACCUGAACUGUGAAGACAUAGCCAUGAACUUUCUAGUGUCACACAUUACUAGAAAACCACCAAUCAAGGUGACCUCCAGAUGGACUUUUCGCUGUCCUGGGUGUCCAACAACACUGUCCAGCAACUCCAGCCACUUUGAAGAGAGGCACCAGUGCAUCAAUUUCUUCACUCAAGUGUAUGGCUACACCCCACUGUACUACACACAGUAUCGAGUGGACUCUGUACUUUUUAAAACCAGGAUCGCCCACGAUAAGAUGAAGUGCUUUAAGUAUAUCUAAAUCAAGGUUCAAAGACUAAGACACUAAAUCAAGGUUCAAAGACUAAGACACUAACAUCCCUAGCCACCAUGCAAGAAGCUUGUGGUGCUAUUUGUUUACUGUAGCUUGGGUUUAAGGGAUGUAAAAAAGCACCAAAGAAAUUGUUCCCUUGGAAAUUUAUGAUUAUAUAUGCUAAGAGAAAACAAAUCUCAUCCUCAAGGGACUUAGACUUCCUUAAUCUUAAAUUGUUCAAUCUUUGUAGAGAAAACUAUAUAGUAACUAAGCCAGAAACAGGACAAGUGUUAGACAUCAACAUUUAACCUGGCCUUACUUUGUUGUGGUGACUGCUGGGGAUGACAAGUUUCUCAUUCUUUCCACCCCCUCUACAUAUGCAUCAAGAGACAAGGCUGGUCCACUCCUUUUUCCUUCUGGCAACUGUCUGCAUGCUCCCUCCGUAGUAGUCAACAAUGAUCUAGAUUAUAAUCGUUUCUUCUUCUAGUUUCUAUUUAUUUAUUUUUAUUAUUAUCUUCCUUAAAACAUGAAAAGUCUUGUGUGAAUUUUUAUCAUCAAUUCAUGAAUCUCCCAUGCUCUAAAAUUGCACAAAAUCAAAUAGCCGCUUUUGAGUCAAUUGCGUUUUUUCUUUUCCUUUUUUAUGUAAAUACUGCCAUCUUUGUCACCUUAUGGUCUAAAAGUUUUUUUCAACUACAUAUGUCACUUGUAAAUUGAAUUGCUUGUGCAUGUAAGUGGAGGAGAUAUCUUUAUGCACACACACACACACAACACAACCAGAAGUUCUGUGAUAAAUGUCUUUUUGUAAUGAAAAAAGUUGUCAUGAUUUCUUCAAGCUUUUUUCUUGUAGGCAUUAAUAUAUGUAUUGGUGUUGUUGUUUUAAUGUCUAUAAUUGCUAAACAGAUUAAUGAUCUCAUGUUUUUGUUAUCAUUGUAUUGUUUGAUCUACAUUGAUGAACAUAAAUGGAGUACUGUGAGUUAGCUUGUCUUGAAAUUCAGCAAGUAGGCUUUAACAGAAUACCUAAUACUUUAAUCCAGUCUUUCAAUUCUUUUUAGAUAAUCUAACUUGAGACGGAAAUAAAAAAAAAUAAAAAAAUAGUCCCAACUUUUUUUUCACUGCUGCAGUUACAUCAUUUUCAAAUUUCAUUUCUACUGGUCUGUUUGACAGACUGUGACAAUAUGUGACCUAAGUAAACGUAUUCAGAAUGCAGUAUUAGUUUGUGUUGCCAAAAUUGUAUCCAAUAAUUUUAUGUCCUGUAAUAAAGACUUGUCUUUGAGUCUGUAAAUUAAGAAAGUUGUCAGGCUUCUAUGUUCCAUUUCUGAUUUCAUGUAGUACACCAAUGUUUGCACAUGUGUUUGUAAUAAUCAACAGCUGUAAAUGUUAACUGAUAAAAGACGCAUAUUAGAAAGACUAAAACUAUUGGAGAUUUUCAUGAUCAACUUAACAAUGUCAAAGACUUUAAAUUGAACAUCACCUUAUCUCACUUCUCCCUUAGUCUGUUGGGGCACCACACAAGAUUUGUCAACUGUCUUUCCCUAUUUUUUUCUGUUUUUUGCCUUUGGAUAGAACCUUUUUCUUUUAUGUGGUCUUCCCAUCGCUUUCUCUGUCUGCAAAGUCCACGGCAGCACUGGUAAAACUCAAAACAAUAUGGAAAGACAAAGGCAUAGCCCUCAACAUCAAGUCAGACUGAUGUGCUCCCUGGUCAUGGCCACAUUCUUAUAUGCUUGUGAGUCUUGAACGCUGACUGCAGAGCUAGAGAGUAGUAUCCUAGCAAUGGAAUUGAGAUGCUACAUAAGGAUCCUAGGUAUCACAUUUAAAGACCACAUCUCAAACAAAGAGAUUAGAGACAGGGUUAUUAGAGUGAUUGGACACUACGAUGACCCACUAACUAUUGUAAAAAAAAAUGGAAACUAAACUCUAUGGCCAUAUUACAAUUUCUUUGGGGCUUGUUCCGGGAACAGUGCAAAGAAAAAGAAGAAGAGGCAGACAGAGAAAGUGAUGAAAAUUUUAACAUCUUUGCUGCCAACUAACUUUAAAACUUCAGCUAUAUUUUGGACAACAUCCCAAGGCAUGGCAGUUGAUCUUGAAAUCACUUCUCCUUUAUUCCCACCAAUUAGUUGCUCAUUGGUUUUGAAAUAAGUUUGAAGUCAGAGUGAACGUCUGCUUCUCCCAUAAUGGAAUUGUUCUUUACUACAAACAGAAGAGCUUAGAAAACUUGAUUCUGCAGAGCUAAAAAGGGCUUAAAAAUGAUCAUUCACUAGAAAAAAAAAACACCCAGCUUAACACUUCCUUUUUUUUUGUACACCAGAUACACCAAAAGGCUGUCCAUUUCUUGUUUUUCACCAUGUAUGACAAUCUUUAAUAGAGAUAGUCAAAGCACAGGAAUGAAAGUGACAUCAAUUCAUGUUCAGUUCAGUUCAAAUUGCUAUUUAUAAUUUCAUGUAGAUUAGAUUUGUUUUGAAACGUUUUAUAAGGGUGAUUGAUAUUUUAGUUUGUCCAUGUUUAGUAAUCCUAGCUGAUUCUGUUUCUAGUAUUUUUAAUGAGCUACUAAAAUUUCAUUCCCAAGUUAGAAUCAAUUUCAUUCUGGCUUGCUUAGUUUGUUAUCAUGUGUUUGUUUUAAAUAUCAACUAAUAACCUAAACAAAACAUUGAAUAAUAUUAUUAUUCAUAGAAUCUGCUGGUUCUUGUUAUCUGCUGAUACUUUCUCACUGACAUUAGUGAGCUAUAAACAAAGGGACAUCAUUUAUUUUGUCUGUGUCCUCAUUUCACUCCCCCCAAAAAAAUGUGAAUAUUAUUUUGAAUAUCUUUAUACCACUAUCAAAGUGAUCAUUUCAAUGUAGUGUUUCUGUGUAAGUUUCAGUUCAUUGUACUUCUUUUUUUUUUUAACUUUACCAAAAAAAAAAACAACUUUUUUUUAUUGAAAUGUACAAACAAUUUUAUUUCAUGCUGUCAUUCUUGUAUCUCAUUUUGUUAUUUAAUAAGAAAGAGAUUCCUAUGAUUAUACUUAUUGACGUCUGUCAGCUUCAGCAUGUCUCCCAUUGAUUUUGAGUUGUUAAUAGACCGUUAUAUUGUUUAAUACUAUUAAUAUAUUUUUAUGACAUUUGUUACUUAAUGAAAUCUUAUUCCCUGUAUACUUGCUUAUAUUCUACCAUCCCAAUUAUGUCGAAAGUUGACAUUGGCAAAAUAAAAGUUAUUGAAAUACAGGGAGUGAGUAGCCUUGACCAGUGGGUUAUACUAUCUGGUCACUUGAGAUUUUUAUCCAUUGAAUCUACCUGCAAGUUACUGCACUUAGACCCAAUCAAGACGGUUACAUUUAAAGAUCAAAACUAUAUUGAUGUUCAUCCCCUCAAAGGUUUGAUUGAGAAUUUUUUUUAUUUGUUAUUAUUAGAUUUAUAUUUUAUCUUCAGCAUUUUGGUGGUGGCCCUGACAGUAUUUAUAGUGUGUAAGUGCAAAUGUAACAUUCUGUAUUCAUCAUAUAAUGUCAAGUGCAUCAUUAUUUUGUUUAAACAGAACAAAGCUUGGCACUUGUUCACCUUAAGAUGUGAUUCUAACUAAACAGUGGGUGAAGGCUUGAAACAUGUGACAAUCUAUAAUUCAAGUUUUCUUGCAUGACAUAAAAAAUGUAUUGUUAUAUGUAAUGCACAAUUGUCAAACAAAUUUCCUCACAGAUAAAGAUUAUUAAAAACAUCUUCAAAGAUGGUAGCUUUUUGAAACCUAAAUAUUUAAAUCUCUCCCUGGGGAUGCAUUGCAACCUGUAAUGAUUUACUCUUAUACUCUGUAUGGUCAUUUCGGUUUCUUUUUAUGUUUUAAAAUUGCCAUAACAAUCAACACUUACUUUAUGUGAAGAAAUAUUUUCAACCCAAAUAAUUUUUAUCGCAAAGUGUCCUACAUCGGAAAGGUCUGCAUUAUGUCUUUUAUUAUUAUUAUUUAUUUGGUAAUGAUACAAUGGUUUUACAUAUACAAAUGUAUUAAACUGUUAUAACAUGUUUGAAGUAAAAACUAUAUAAAAACUGAACUUGAUAUAUUGUGUUCACAUGUUGUCCAUUGACAGCUUAGAAUCAAAUAUUUUUAAAGAGAUGGUGUGUGACAGCUUAAUAGAUUAUUGAUUUGUAUUUUUAGAAAUUCUUUUCUUAGUAGUUUCGUAGGCAUUUGUAUAUCCAUGUUCGGGUUGAAUGAGAUUGGUGUAUAUAUAUUUUUAAUAACAAAAUUGUGUAUGACGCAACGAUUUCUUGUUUAGUAGAUCUCGUACAUAUAUAAUUCUCAUUUCUUAGACACUACUUACACAGUUCAUAUAUAUUUUUUUUUUAAUGUUACCCAUGCCUACAUUGUAAAAGUGACAUGAGAGAACCCUAUCUAUAUUCUUAUUUGAAAAGAUUAUUUGUUACGAUUGUAGUCAGUUUAUCCAAUGCUGUAUUUAUUUACUUUGAAAAAUAAUGUUUAUGAUGUUUAUUGGUAUAGCCUUUUAACUAUUUGUGCUUAGUUCUCUGAGCUAAGUGUCAUUGAAUGUAUCUGUGUUGAUGAAUAUGGUGCUAAGUGUUGACAAUAUUGUUAUGUACUCUUGCAAACAUAAUUUGAAAGGAAAGAAAGCUGCAGUUAUUAGGAUUCACUUUAUCCUUGCUACUAUAUAAAAGAUGGAUACCCUUAAAGAAAAGCUUCUUCUUUUAAUUUAUUAAUUGUGUACAAGUCUAUAAUUAACUUCCUGUCACUAAAAGUGUGUUUUCAUUGAUAAUACAAAAUGUUCUUAAACAAAGUGCACUUGCUUAAAAAAAAACACACUUUUCAAUUAAUAAAAAAAAAAGUAUUUAAGCAGGAUAAAGUAUAUUCAUUAUUUGAAUGUUUUUUUUAAAUCUCUUAAAUAGCCUAAAUUGUAAUGAUCCUGACAAUUAUUAAAAAUGUGAAAAUUAGUGCAUCAACAUUAUCCCCAGGUCUUGCAAAGUAUUUCCUGCAAGACAAUGACCCAAGAAGAAAAGUUAAGGAGAUAAGACAAAUAAAUUGGCAGACAAUAAAGGUUUUAAAAAACACUUGCUAUGCUUCAAAGGUCUAACACAUUGUAGCACAGGGGAAAUAGUCUUCUGUAAGUUACUUUCUAGGUAUUUGUGAUGCUACAGCCUCUUUUAAUACAAAUAAAAAAAUAUACAUGAACUGGAUUACUAGAUUCCAAGUGGACCAUUGAAAUUUCAAGCGUAAGCAAAUUUGCUUUUGUCUGAUCAAAUUUUUGAAAGGGGGGAUUAGCCAAUGUACUAUUUACAGUGACUGAAUCCAUCUUGGUGCCAUAACAAAUUAGUAAUACAUUCAAUUCCUGUUGAAGAACAUGAUCUCUGGGCUUCAGACAUUGAAAGGAAAGAUUUAAAGGGCGAACUGCUAGGAUGUUGUUGGCACAUUAAUAUUUUUUUUAUCUUAUCACUUGCCUUAUGAAACUUAAUUUUGUUUACAAUAUGUUGACUAUCAAUCAGUCUGUAUACUGUACAUUCUGUGAUGUGGACUUCCUUAUUAUGACUACUUCCAUUAUAUAAAUGUAGGCACAACAAUAUUCACAUAGUUCAUGUUCAGUGCUGUAUUUUCAUAUUUGUACACAAUUCCCUUAUUAUAUUACCAUUCUUUUAAUUACAUAUGAAUUCAUUCAGCUUCUAUGUUUAUAAAUUGAGUCAUUCACAUGACAGUUUUUGCUCUUACAAUAUUAUUAGGCAUGGAGCAGAAACAGGAUGUGUAAAUCUAGCUCAUUGUACAGUGGACACAAGUAUUCCCACUUCUGCUUAUAAUUAGGAAUCUUUUUAAACUGUGUUGUGGUCAUGCUUGAAAAGUUUGAACUAAAUUAACAGUAUUUGUUUAAACUGGAUUUCUGUUGUUGUUCUUUUACAAUGCAUAAUAUUUAAUUAGAAACUUGUGGUUGAUUUUAUUGUCUAUUAGAUUUGGACAUUAAGUAGUUCAAUUAUGUUAUAUGUCACGCGCUGAGAACAUGAUGAGUGUCAGAGCACUUAGCUGUUUUGCUUAUAGUUAUUUGGUUCAAAUCCUGAUGUUAAUUUGACUUUUACAAUCUUUUAAUCCUGAUCUUAGGAGGCUCACCAAAUCAGUUUAGCAUUAAUUGGUAUAUGAGAUAUAACAAAAGAAAAAGGACUUUGUAUUAAUCACACAUCGAAAGAAAAAGGACCUUGUAUUAAUCACAUAAUAGCCAUGUGAACCCUAGACCUCAGAAAAAUGGGGUCCUAAUGUAGAACGUUCUCUUUUGUAAUUUAACAUUUUAAAAGUAACAAGCAGCAUUUGGUAUGUUACCUUCCUUAUCCUAGCUCUCCCCCCCCACCCCAACCACUUUUUUGUGUUUAUAUAUAUAUAUACCACUCUAUGUCAGUCUGUAUACUAACUCUUGGCCUUCAGUUCUCUACUAGUUUUAUUUGUCUCUGAACUGUAAAGAAAACUGGAUUCAAGUUUUUAAUAGAGAGAGAGAAAGACAAAUUCCUUUGGAAUCAAUUUGACCCAUUUAUAUUUGCUUUGAAGAGCUAAAUGUUCUAUUAACUUUGUUGACUUUGUAUUGUUCUAUUGGAUAUGAAGGUUUAGACAUCUUUAUAUUAUGAACAUAUUAAAAUUAAUGGUUUAUAACA